AUUUAUUUGCUCGCUCUCCUAAAAGAUCGUCGAUCCAAAAGGUUAAAGCUUCCGCGUCCUCGAUUUUACAAUGUCCAAGUCCGAACUCGCCUGCGUUUACGCUGCCCUCAUCCUCCACGACGACGACGUCGCCGUCACCGCCGACAAGAUCUCCAAGCUGAUCUCGGCCGCCAAGAUCGACGUUGAGGCUUACUGGCCCGCUCUCUUCGCCAAGGCUCUUGAGGGCCGCUCGAUUGGCGACCUCAUCGCCAACGUCGGUGCUGCUGGCGCUGCCCCCGCUGCCGCUGCCGCCCCCGCCGCCGCUGCCAAGACUGAGGCCAAGAAGGAGGAGCCCAAGAAGGAGGAGAAGAAGAAGGAGGAGUCCGAGGAGGGCGACAUGGGCUUCGGUCUUUUCGAUUAAGCACCUUCUGCUUCCGUUCACUUCACUCCCAAUCCCCGAUUUCUCUCGGUGGCUUCCCGCAUCGAUGUCUAGUGCAGUGCCUUGCUGUGUGUUUGCCACAAAACAAACUGUCCCUUUUGUUCUGUGAAUGAAAAAUGUCGGUGUUCAAAACCCA